GGUUGCUGCUUGUUGGUGAGCUGGCCAAGAGUCGAAUUGCUGGCUAUAUUCUUGUCACUGCUGUCGCAAAAGAUUUUCAGUUCCAGUUGAUACUUGUGGAAGCAAUUGGCAUCUUUGAAGCCACUAAUGUUGAUGAAAAUCA